ACACAUGCAAACCUUCUUCCAUUUCAUUUUGAAAGUUCAUUCUCGAACUUAUUUUCGAACCCGUCUUAUUUUCGGGCACACUCGUCUGAGAGCUUCCACGCCGCGCACACUCAUCCGAGCCUCCACGCCGUCGUCGUCGUCUCCCGCAGGACCGUAAAAGCUGUUCUAAGAUUGGGGACGAAUGGAAACCAAUUGGCAGCUGUGGCAUUCUCCAGAUUGCAAAAGCAGAUUGCUAAAGACGGUAGAAAACCUAAUACGGUGUCCAAGGGAAUGCCUAAGAAAUCGAUUUCUAGAAAAGGUUCUGAUGCUGGAGCCUCUGGCACAAUAGGAGAUCUCACUGCCCGUGCAAGUGAAGGACAAAUUGAUCCAGUUGUUGGCCAAGAAGUUGAAGUUCAGAGAAUAUUUCAAAUAGUAUGCAGGAAAACAAAAAAAAUCCCAUUCUUCUUGGUGAAGUUGGGGUUGGAAAAACUGCUAUUGCGGAGGGCUUGGCACUUCGCAUUGCAAAGACAAAUUGUCAACGAGUUGGUGUGGCCAGCUGUGGGAAAGGAAUUAUAUUCACAAUUUCGUGGGAAGCCAUCAAUAAUCUUCCCUCCCCUCAGACAAAGCGUGUGAUGUCCUUGGAUAUAGCCCUCUUAAUGGCGGGAGCAAAAGAAAGAGGAGAGCUAGAGGAACGUGUUACAAAGUUGAUAAAAGACGUAAUAAAGUCAGGUGAAUACUGUAAUAUGAAAGAAUGUAUGAUAGUUUGAUGAACACGUGCUUGACGUGCUAGAAGAGGAUUGUGGAUUUAUUUUUUCCUUGUCUACUUUUUGACUGUAUUUCUCUUUCUGAAUAUAUGAACCAACUGUGUCCUUUGACUUUUGAACAUAGUGAAUUUUUCUCGUUUUGCUUUGCUUCUA